AUGACAGCGAAUUGCAUUAGAGGGGCGGCGAGAAAGGUGUUAAGGGUCUCGAAGGGUUUCUCUGGUCGUCAUAAAGGGGAUUGGUGGUGGAACGAAGAUGUUCAAAGGAAGGUGGAAGCUAAGAAAGUGGCGCAUUUUAAGCUUGUAGAGAGCGUGGACGAGGUGGAGAAGAUGGCAAACAGAGAAUGGUAUAAGAAAGCUAAGAAGGAUGCGAAGUUAGCGGUUACUGCUGCUAAGACCGCGGUGUUCGGUCGUUUAUAUGAAGAGCUCGGAGACAAAGGCCGAACAAGAAAGGGAGAUAGGAGCAUUGUGUUAUACAAUUUAGAGUUCUCGAAGCGGCAUCGUGAUUUUGGGUACUGUAGACGCAUAAGAGUGGGGGAGGUCGAAGGGGCUAUGCACAGAAUGAGUAGGGGUAGAGAGACCGGGCUAGACGAGAUCCCUGUUGAAUUCUGGAAGAGAGCGGGUAAGGAUGAAGAGGAUGCCCGAGGACUGGAGAGUACGAUGAUUGUACUAUACAAGAACAAAGGAGAUAUCCAGAACUGCAACAAUUAUAGGGGUAUCAAGUUGCUAAGUCAUACGAUGAAAGUUUGGGAAAGGGUGAUAGAAGGGAGGAUGAGGAGGAGUGUGUCCAUUUCUGACAACCAGUUUGGUUUCAUGCCGGGACGGUCGACUACAGAAGCCAUUCACCUUGUGAGGAGGUUGGUGGAGCAAUACAGGGCAUAA